GAUGCAUGUUGAGUCAUGUUGAUGCUUCCACUCACAACACACUCAUCAGGUUCUUUGCACGCUAAGCCAAAGCAUACCCAACACCAGCGUUUCAAUGAGAAAUACGGGCUUCUGUCGUCACAUGCAUUUGUCCCGCAUCGUGUUGCUGUCGGUGUCUGCUAAGAAGAAGGCCCUGUCUGCUAAUCUGCUUACACUCACACCACAAACCACAAUGCAUUUGGAUAGUGACACAUCUACAGCAACAUCCUCAUUUGCAGCUGCUGUCUGUAUGGUAGCUCGCUGAAGCUGUCACUGCCUUCGGAAAUCCUUCUCUGUCAAAAAUGCUGGAGAGCUCCGUUUCCAAAUGUGAAAAGACUCCAUGGACAAGAGCGAGACGAUGCUUGUGUUUCUUGAUGCUGUCUCUCAUGAUUGGAACUUUCAUGUUAACUUUCUACAUUUCAAGCCUCAAAGUGUCGUUUCCUUUGAACUUUUGGACGACAAGGUCAUCGUCAAGCCAAUCUUACCACAAUAUAACUACUUCAGUGCAGGAUAUCUCACCAGAUGGCCCUUCAAUAUACUUUGUGGCGUACCCGCGCCAGUACGGUUUCAUCGUGGACGAACCACAUACAUGUUGGCAAGAAAGACCAUUCUUGGUUGUUAUGAUCCCAGUCGCACCCCACAACAGAGAGGCCCGCGACACGAUCCGCAGCACGUGGGGCAAAGAAACAACAGUGCUGGGCAGAGUGAUCGGCCGCUACUUCCUCCUGGGGAUGUCAAAAGAGGAAGAUGGGACAGCAACCAUCCAAGAGCAGGUGUUACAGGAAAGCCAGAGACAUCACGAUAUUCUCCAGAGUGACUUCUUGGAUAGCUACAAUAACCUCACCAUUAAAACCAUGGUCAUGUUCGAAUGGCUCAGCUCUCAUUGCCCCAACACCUCCUACGCCAUGAAAGUUGACUCUGACAUGUUCCUUAACGUCCACAACCUGGUUGACAUGCUUUUGAAAGCCCCCCGACACCUCUACAUGACGGGAAUGGUGGCGAGGGGUGCUGCUGUUCUUCGAGACCCCACAUCAAAGUGGUUUCUGCCGGUUUCAGUCUUCCCCGAAUUUACAUACCCACCGUAUGCUCUGGGGCUGGGCUAUGUGUUCUCACUGGAUUUACCCAAGAGGAUACUGGAGGCGUCUGCACAUGUUAAAGCUGUUUAUAUCGAAGAUGUCUACGUGGGACUGUGCAUGAGGCAUUUGGGAAUCGAUCUGACGGAUCCUCCUCAUGGUGAUUUAUUUCGGGCAAAUGUGCCUUAUGAGCCAAGCAAUUGUUACUGGACCUCAGUCAUAACAACAAUACUACAGAACUCCGACCAGCUCUCACAAGUAUGGGGAGUAUAUCAAUCUCAACAUGACUGUUAAUACUUCCGACUGUGCCUUAAAAACAACCUAUGACUGUUUUUAAAGCCCUGCACAACAAUACUCUGAUUACAUCGUAUCUUCCUGCCAUUAUCUUUGAAGUAUGGUCUGGACUUUUGAUACCAAAACAACAGAGCUGGUGGGAUAGAUGUGUAUUUUUUUUAAGCUGAGCAAAAUAUGUUUGUAAAACUUAUUUUUUGUACAGAUUGCACAAAUGAUUGUAAAGAUGUCAAUAAUUUCAAGAUUAUAGGAUGUAAACCAAUGGAGUUGUCUCCUCCUAUGUAGAAUAUAAUUUGACUAUUCUUUUUCAAGAGUAACCCUAAGGGCAUGAAGGUAAAUGUCGAUUUGUCGACAAUAACGUGCAUGACUAACUUUCACCACAUAAACUACAAGAGGAUGAGACCUAUCGCUGCUGGCUGAGGCGAUUGAUAGGCACACAACCGACAGUUACAAAGUCUGCUGCAAAACAGUGGUUUAAGUUGAUACAAAUCUGGAACAAUCUGACAUUUAUGAAAUGUACUGUCAGGAAAACCAGGGUUGCUCCUUGGUUCUGUAUUCAAUCUACAGCAUUCCCCUGUGAAAAUGCUCCACAGGGAGCACGCAGCACAGCAACAAUUGUGCAAGUAAUCAUUUUUUGAAGUAAUCGAAUACAAUACGUUUCUCUAACAGACACAGUUGUCCAGUGUACGCAAAUAUGAUUUUGUAAGUAGGCUUCAACAGAAAACGAUGGAAAAUACACUCUGAAGUGAUACUGUUCAUUUUGAUCAAACUGUGUUUGAGAAUGUAGUGUUUGACCAACUUCGGAUGUUCCAGUUUGUGGCGCUGUUGAAUUGCAUUUUGCUAUACUUUGAGUUGUUAAUAAUAUUUAGUCUACCAUCAUCGUUAUGAAUAUAUCUAUAUAUUGAUCCUCCAUUAUGCAGUUGUUUUUGAGGGUUUUGUGUGAAACAUCAGUUCAAUUAAAUGCCAUACAAUUUUAUACACAUGCAUGGUCCCCAGAGGAUGUGUUUUAAUGACAUGUGAAAAGUGUUCAGUGUAAAAUGUCUUAUUAUUGCAUUGACAUUACAUUUUAAAAUAUAUUAUAAUAACUUUGGUGGUCCCUUAUCUUUCCAUCUCGCACUAUCUCCAGGUAAAUAAAACAGGUAUAAUUAAGUUGAAUUUGUAUCAGGUAGCGUAGUUCACAUGUACUGUAAACACCCUUCAGUUAGCCUGAUAACUGGUUCAAAGAAUAGGCCUCACACCCAUUCUACUUUGGAUAGUAGAGAUAAUUCAAAAUGUGUUCAAAUCUUCACCUCGAGAUGUUCUCAUUAGUUGACAAAAUGGGAAAGACUGGAUAUGUUUCCAUUGGUGUAUGGUGGUAUUUGUAUUUCCGCUUUUAACUUGUGAAGUACUUCAUAAGUCUUCCAUGAAGCUGAGUCACGGAUCAUUGUGUGCUCAGCGAAUGUAUGCAGGUCUGCCAAAAAGCUUCUUCUUAUCUCCUGUUGUACAAAGUAACACAACUCAGGGAACCCUCUGGGAGCCAGCAGCACCUUUAGGCUGCAGAAUGACAGAUUUAUCUGUCUAUGACAUUUCAAAUGCUAUUGAUCAGUUAAGCCUGCAACUGACGUGCAACACAUGAAAAUGAGCAGAUACAUAUUUUAGAAAUCAAUAAAACUGUAAAUGUUUGUAUGAUUUCCAAUUUGACAAUUGAUAUGUUUAUUUAACAUGACUUUUGCAAUGUAAUUAUUUAAGUUGCAUGCAAAUGUACUUCUUUGUUUCCAAUACAUUUUUGGUCAGUUAAUUGAAUACAAUACUGAU